AUGCAUCUUCUAAAUUUCAUAAACUCCCUAAUCCUCUUCCUCCCCCUCCUCGCACCCACACCCAUAGCCGCCCUCCCCGCCAGCGGCCCCGACCCACCAGUCCAAGCCCGCCCUCCAGGCGGAAGCGUCGACCACUUAAACGCCUACUGCCAAAUGAGUCUUUGGCAGCACGGUCCCGGCCAAGGCGCAUCCUGGACCGGCUGGCCCCUCUCCAGUUCCCCAGGCUCCAUACCCGGUUUCAAUUUCGACGCAAACCUCAACAACCAAUGCGUCAACCUCUUCGAACUCAACCCAUCCGGUCUGGCUGGUGAAUUAUCAUCCUACAUAGUCACGGGAUGGUGUGAAUGCGAAUUCUUCGCCAGGGUGGAAUGUCUUCACAGUUUAUUCUCGGCUUAUAAUCGUCGUGAUGAUACCCUUUGGGAGAGGAAGCCGGAUGUGGACAAUAUGGUUCAGAGUUAUAGAUGUUGGUAUACUCAACGUGAACAGGAUUUCAAUUGGUGUACUGUUAGUUGGCAAGGUGUGAAACCGGAUAGUUUUAAAAUGAUCGAUGGUCGUAAGCAGGUCGUCUGGGAGAAAGGUCCGCGCUGGCAGGAUGUCAUAGAGAAGAAGGAAAUAGGCAAAUGUCAGAGUCUUCCCGGUAGGAAUAAGGAAGAGUGGCAGGCUAUCUCGUCGGUUGUCAUAAACGGCUGCACCUGUAACUUUUAUAGUGAUGAGGGCUGUCAAGGCGAUGGGUUGGGAUCAUUCGGAAAUGCUGGAAGUGUCAUCGUCAAGGAUUCCUUCAGUCCUCUGUUUUUUGAACAGGGGAUCCGCUCCUAUAUGUGCUUUCAUCCCGUGGGGAUUCCGCAAGCAGCUAGGACAGAUUAUGAUAUAGCAGGAAAACCUGGCAUGCCGCCUGAGGUGAACUUGUAA